ACUGUAGCGAACAUUUAUACGAUCGUAGAGUGAUUGACUUGCUAACGAGCUAACAGCCGAAGUAACGGUUGUAGAAGAGGAUGACAAGCAGUUCAUUUGUGGUGUUUUCAUGGAGUCGUAAGGAUCUUGCUUACGUCUUAAGUACAUUCACCUGGACAAGCAGCAGAAUGUCUCAGCUGCAGCCACUGAUCCAGCUCCAGCAAACGACAGAGCCCCUGCCUGUCCAGGAGAUGCAGAUCUGGCUGGACAAAGCAGUGGCUUGGGGCCAGGCCGACAGCCCAGACACUCAGAGAGACACCUGCCUGCACUUGAGCAGACUGAGGGAUUUCCUCCAGCAACUCCUCACACACAUCAACAACAUGAACUCCGCAACAGAGACCAUGAAGACGCUGCCCCUCUUAGGCCAGUUUCUUGGCCGACUCUGCUGGAACCCUUAUGUCACCGCUGAUGCUACAGGCAGAAGGCUGUUGUUCCAGUGCCUGUGGGGACUGUACUCGGAGCAUCCUGGCAAUGCUGUGGAAAGAAAAGCCAACCAGUGGAUACGGAAAGUGCUGUGUCAGCUUGCAACAGAAGACGACGAUGCUGCGGCACAGGCAGUAAUGAAGAGCAUGGGUGUACCACCUAAAGAGUACCAUCUAAAAGUUCUGAGAAAGAUGGUGGCACUGCUGCAGGAAAAUAUCGGGAAGAGCUGCAGUUCUUUUGGUGACAUAAAUCAGAGGUGUUCAUGUGACAACAUUCUGGCCACAUCAGAGGCUUGCAUCCCUCUGCUCACUUGUCCCGAGGCUGCUCCUCUCAUUGGUGCACUGCUGCAGCAGCCAGUGACUUGUAUCAGGGCAGCACUUAGUGAAGACUUCCUGGAUGCUCUGAGCUCUGCCUACUCCAGCCAAUGCUUGUCACUGGAGGAGCAGGCAGUGGUCUCUCUGUGGUAUCACAACCUGUCCAGCCUGGAAGAAGCAGUGCUCAGGCUGCUGGAGGAUGUGCUCACUGACGCAGGGUCUGCACCACAGAAGCUAGAGCAGCAAGUGGCACAGUCACUGCUGCCUAAAGCCUGUGCUCAGCAUUGCUCCAUAUUCUUGGUUGUAAACGACAUCUUCAGGUCCGUCCUAAAGCAAGCUGAAGGGAACGAGUCCGUUAAGUAUCUCAUCCAAACCUUUACAGGGUGUUUCGUCAGGGAACUGGCACUGCUGCAACAUCAGACGAGUGUAUCUCUGAAGGCCUUGUUCCCACAGUCACCUCAGAGUCUGCUGGUUCCUCUCUUGACCCGGCCAUCAGAGAUGCCUCCGGAGGCUUGGAGACAUCAUCUGAACUGGCUCAGCGGCUCAUUACAGAGACUGACAGGGGAGGAAGAGGAGGGAGACGGAGACAGCAGCAGCAGCAGCAGCACCAGGGGGCACCACAAAGUGUUUGAAGCCUGGUUCCUGCUGGUUCAGUGCGCCCGCUGGGUGCAGGUGGCUGUCCAGGUGCUGGUGACAUCAGGGCCUGAGGACUGUGGCCCCCUCCUGUGGCUGCUGACCUUCUACUACCACCCCACCAACAGGGGGCACCAAAGAGCACAGCAGCUGGUAUGUGUCAGAGAAGUAUGGGACCACCUACGCUCCCUGUUCUUGGUCUCAGCUUGCCCUCUUCCUGUUGACCGGCUGCAGUCAUUGGUCACGCUGCUGUCAACACGACCUCAGCAAUCAUCACUGUCUCCAUUAUUGAUCCUCAACCUCGCAGUCAACUUUGCUGUUUUCGUCCAACAACCGCUGAGCGGAUCAACACAGAUUUUACAGACGGUGGUGGAUCGGUCUGGUCUGUUUGAUGAAGCAACGCGUCUUCUCAGCUCACUGGAGCUCAGACUGAAUGAAGGAAGCUGCUCAUCAAGCGAUGCUAACAGAGUUCAUCUCAGGAUCAAGGCACUUCACAACACACUAACACAUGCAUGCAGCAUCAGGCCCUGCCGAGAACCAGGGACACACGCUCACACACUCUAAAGCAGGUGAGAGCUCAUAUAUAUAUACACACACACACACACACACAUUAAUGCACAGAACCACACAGCAGUGAGUUCAUCCUCGGCUCAGGGUUUUUUCAGGGCACCUUUGCAGAAUGACAAAUAGCCACCACGUUCUCUUGUGCAGAUAUGCUGCAGUGCAAUGACAGGAGUGUGUCAAAACAGCACAGCGAGGACAGAUUAUGUGGAGAGGCUACAAUUAUACGCACACACACACACAUAACGCAACUACAAGGCCCACAAGGACACUUGAGCAGUGACAGAUCACACUGCAAAGAAGCAGCAGCGCGUACAACAUGUCAGAGUCCUCCCACUCAUAUAAUUGUCUUACAAUAUAAAUCCUUCACAGCACACAUGCCGACUGAAAGACAUUUAGGUUUGGAGGACAGGAAAAGCAAACGCCAGUUAUCUUUGCAUGAAUACUGUUUGUGUUCAGAUGUUAAUGUGUAAUGUGAUGUCACUUAUAUUUCUAUGUACAUUUCCUUUACUAUUGAUAAAGAUGUAGAAUGAC